AUGAAGCUCAGAACAGGACAGGCACGGGGCACCAUCGACAGGCAGCGCAAAGUUCUCCUUCUGUUGCUGCUGUUGGGCCUAGUGGAUGGUGUCCAGCAUGCACGAAGGAGCAGAGCCAUGGGCCCAGGAGCUUCAGUGGGGAGCAGCAGGUCUAGUCUGUGGACUCUGCCAGGCAGGUUCCUGUUCCGGGCCAUCCCACGGGAAACAGGCCCCAGAUGCUGGCCUCAUGGGUUUCUGUCUAAGCCCCAGUCAUGGUAUAUCUUUGGUAGUGGGACCCAGGUCACAGUUCUAGGUCAGCCCAAGUCUGACCCUUUGGUCACCCUUUUCCUGCCUUCCCUGUAUGAUCUUCAGGCCAACAAGGCCACACUGGUGUGUCUGGUGAGCGAAUUCUACCCAGGUACUUUGGUGGUGACCUGGAAGAUAGAUGGAAUCCCUGUCACUCAGGGUGUAGAGACAACCCAACCCUCCAAACAGACCGACAACAAGUACGUGACUAGCAGCUACCUGACGCUGACAUCUCACCAGUGGACACCUCACAGCAGAUACAGCUGCCAGGUCAUUCAUGAAGGGAACACUGUGGAGAAGAGCGUGUCACCUGCUGAGUGUUCUUAG